AAUGGUGUUAGCAACCUCGAAUGAUGCUUCAAGGAGAUACGAGUAAGUCAGAAAAUUUGUAACUUUUUUUGACUCAACCACUCCCACCCACUCUAAUAAAAUCCGCCUCCCUCCCUCCCUCGCUUGCCUUUCCACUCUUAUUAAUUCUUCGCGUUUGCGGUCUUUGGAGGUGCGCGAGCCAGCGGAGUUGGAAGCAGAGGAGAGCUAAUUUCCUUUCCUUUCCUUCCACUUCACUCCUCCCCCGCCGCCUGAAGGAAUGGCCCCGACCCACUUCCCAGAUCACCAGUUGCUCCAAUCAGAGUCUUGAAUAGCCUUGAAGAUGGAGCCUUUGCUGGGGACUCACUCAGUCUCGCCAUUGACAUAUGCCCAAUUAGUAAAGUGACGUUUUGGUGGAAGUAAAAGCGAUUGCACCUUUGAGUAAAUUUUGGAGAGCCACGAAUGUUCGAUUCAGUCAAGUUGCUUUGAUGAGUGAACAUUGUUCUGAUGUCAAGCAAAUUUCGAUUCUUUUAGCUGAAGCAAAGGACCUUGCUGCUGCCUCGAAUCAGAAUGGAGGAGAGCCGAAGUCGCUUGUUGUCUGCUUUGGCGAAAUGCUGAUCGAUUUCGUGCCAACAGUGAGCGGGGUCUCGCUUGCUGAAGCUCCUGCUUUUAAGAAGGCACCUGGCGGUGCUCCUGCCAAUGUUGCUGUUGGUGUAUCAAGACUAGGUGGUUCAUCAGCUUUUAUAGGCAAAUUAGGUGAUGAUGAAUUCGGCCGAAUGUUGAACGACAUUCUGAAACAAAACAAUGUCGACAACUCGGGCAUACGAUUCGAUCCGGAUGCUAGAACUGCACUGGCAUUUGUAACACUGAGGGCUGAUGGUGAACGGGAGUUCAUGUUUUACCGCCAUCCAAGUGCAGACAUGCUGCUCACUGAAUCAGAACUCGAGACCGAUAUCCUCAAUCAGGCCAAGGUAUUCCAUUAUGGUUCGAUUAGUUUGAUCUCGGAACCAUGCAGAUCAGCACAUGUUGCAGCAAUGAGAAUUGCCAAAUCUUCCGGUGCAAUCCUCUCUUACGAUCCGAAUUUGAGACUGGCGUUAUGGCCCUCCGCUGAGGCUGCUAAAGAAGGAAUGAUGAGCAUAUGGAAUGAAGCUGAUAUUAUUAAGAUAAAUGAGGAUGAGAUAGUAUUCCUAACUGGUGGCGAUGAUCCAAAUGACGAUAACGUCGUCCUGAAGAAACUCUUUCAUCCCAACCUGAAGCUACUGGUUGUAACUGAAGGGUCAGCGGGAUGUAGAUAUUACACCAAGGAGUUCAAGGGGAGAGUUCCCGGGAUCAAGGUUAAAGCCGUCGACACGACUGGUGCCGGUGAUGCGUUCGUUGGUGGCUUCCUCAGCAGCCUAGCAUCUGAUCACAGUAUUCUCAAGGACGAGAAUAGGUUGAAAGAGGCUCUAUACUUCGCCAAUGCAUGUGGCGCUGUGACUGUAACAGAGAAAGGCGCGAUCCCUGCGCUUCCGUCCAAGGAAGCUGUAGCCCAGCUCAUGAAGCAAGUUGUUGUGGCGUCCUCGUGAAAGUGACUGCAGAGUUUGUUGCUUCGCCUUCUCUCCCCCGGGAUGUCCGAAGCAGAAAAUGCUCGUUAUGGGAAAGCAUUCGUCGAAUCCAGAUGCAGGGGAUUUCUUGGCAUGAAUAGGAGGCUAUUGGUCUGUAAAAUGAAAACGGCCAGUUGGCCCGUGCUAAGUUUUUUUUUUUUUAACUUUUUUGUGCUUUAUUUUACUUUUCCUUGUAAUAAUAUACCGGAACGUGAUCACUUGCAUAAAACAAGGAAAAUUGAAUAAAACGGGUGUUUGAUUCGGACAGAAGGGCUUCCUGUCCUGUUUCAUCAAUGGUGUUUUGUUAUCUUUUCCGAUUUGGGCUUCUCCCCAUCUUCCAUUGUGCCAACUUUGAACAAAGAAAGCUACAGCAUCUCUAAGGCUG